CAACCAUAGUCAGAAGUUAGAAAUCUUUGAUACUUACAUUUACACCGGGCAUUUACAUCCUCACUCUACGUUAUGAAAAAGAAAAAUCCAGUCAAUCAAACGUUUACAAUUGCCACUAUACAUUAAAAACAUAAGGGGUUCUGGAGGGCCAUGCGAUCGCCAAGAGAUGUUGAUAUCAAGAUACUGAGUGUUGCAGACAACACACACACGCUAUAAAGUCAGGUUGCCCUGGAAACCAAAAGCAGCAGCAUCAAAAGCAUCGAUGUAGGAUACAUGUACAUGUACUUAGCACUUCUACUAAACAUCAUAUGAGCAGAUCUUUAGUUAAGAAACAUGUUGAGCCGAGUAUUUUACUAUUAAUAGAAUUAUUGAAUGACAAAGAGGUACCACAGGAUUAUUUUGUAUUAAACUAGAAUACCAGAUCGGAUAAGAUGAAACGGGACACUACCCAAAAUGUGUUCCUAUGAACUAACACGAUCCACAUGAUCCAAAUACGACUUAAGAAUGUCGUUGAUAGGAUUGAGGCGGCGAAGGCUGAUUGUGCUCAUUGCGAUAUUCUGCAUUGCAGUGCUGAUUGUCUUUCUACAUUUGGGGAUGAAAUCCAAGGGUGCCUUUCAAGAUGGCCAGAAAAGCCUAGAUGGACAUGACCUGGUUGAUAAACUUCAGCAUAUAUCAAACAGUCAACUGUUAUUGAACCUGCUGGCUAACAUCUCAAGUUAUCUGGAACGUCCCGAACGUAGUACACAAAUUGAUGCUAUGGCAUCAACAUAUAAACACUCAUCUACAAAGAAAGCAGCUGCAACCAAUAAACCACAAGAAAUCAACCUGGAUACUAUCCCAGUGCAAUUCAAACAAAGUAUGACUCCACGUCAGAAAAUGAUCCUCUUUGAUUUGAUGGAUAAACUUGAUAAAGUGAUGACAGAGCAGAAUAUUUUAUACCUUUUGUACGGUGGCUCCUUACUUGGCUCGUACCGUCAUCAUGAUCUAAUACCAUGGGAUGACGAUAUCGACAUUUUCGUUCCUCUUGCGAAAAAGGAGGAACUAGUACGAGCAGUCGCAACCCUAGGAGACCAUUAUAAAAUUGUGCCAGCUGGACCGAGAAUGAAACUAUUCUCUGAUAAAUCAAACAAGACCAGUAGAUUCAGUUGGAAGUGGCCUUAUGUAGAUAUUUCAUUUUAUGCUGAAAACGCAACUCAUAUCAUGGACAGUUCGAAAGAGUUUAAAAACUACAUUUACCCUAAAAAUGUGGUUUUCCCUCUACAUCGGCGUCCCCUUGGGACUCUGAUGUUAUUUGCUCCAAAAGACACGUAUGCAAAUCUCAAACUCACAUACACUACAAUGAAAAAUUGCCAAUCAUAUUUUUAUAGUCAUAUGCUAGAAAAACUAAGCAAAAAUCCAAAGCUUAGUAUGCCAUGCUCAAACUUAAAGAGAGUUGUCCCAUUUGUACAUAGAACUCUAGCCAAGACUGGGAUAAACGAGUCACUUUGGCUAAAUGAGAAAUUCAUUCAUAGUUAUGUCAUAAAUGAGCCACAAUAUGCAAUGACAGAUCCAUUUGGAUUAGAAUUAAUGCAGUGAAACCACUUUCAUAGACAUAAAAAUCAAUUAUCACUUGUAUUAUGUAUAACAACUUCGGAAAGAGGACAUCUUGUAAUGUUAGUGUAAUAUGCACUGACUCAUCAAUUGUAUUUGGUUUCUUGUAAACAUUCUCAAAUGGAAUUUGAUUUGAUUUUUGUUUAGUAAGUUUUAGUGUAAGAAAUAUUUAAUUUUAAUUUUCAAGUUGCACCAUUUAAGUAAUUGAAGGAUGUACGUUUGUUAAAGAAACUAUUUUUUUUAAAUAUCAUCUCGCUGUCAAAACGUUGUUUUACCCAUUUCAAGUUGUUGGACAUACUUCUUGAGAUUUCUAGUCACGUGAAGUCACGUCACGUAACUUCCGUUGGAUAUCGCUUGUUAUUUUCAGUCACGUGUAGGACAUGGACCAAUCAGAGUGGUUGAUUUAAAAAAGUAACUUGUUAAUGAGAGCUGAG